GAUUCGGCAGGGCAAAAGACACCGCACCAAAUCCUUCUUCCACACCCACAUCUCUCGUUCCCACCCACCUAAUCUCUUCCAGAGAAUGGCAUCUCCAUCGGAUCACAAGGCCACCAUAAUUGACGGUAAAGCCGUCGCCCAAACCAUCCGCAAUGAGGUCGCCGCAGAAGUCCACCAUCUCUCUCAGAAAUACGGCAAGGUCCCGGGGCUGGCUGUAGUGAUUGUGGGCAACAGGAAGGAUUCUCAGAGCUAUGUGACUAUGAAGAGAAAGGCAUGUGCCGAAGUUGGGAUCAAGUCCUUUGACAUAGACCUUCCUGAACAAGUAUCUGAAGCUGAGGUCGUCUGCAAGGUUCAUGAAUUAAAUGCAAAUCCUGAUGUACAUGGUAUAUUGGUUCAGCUCCCAUUGCCGAAGCAUAUAAACGAAGAGAGAGUUCUGACUGAAAUCAGCAUUGAGAAGGAUGUAGAUGGAUUUCAUCCACUUAACAUUGGCAAGCUCGCAAUGAAAGGCAGAGAACCCUUGUUCCUUCCUUGCACCCCCAAGGGGUGCAUUGAACUUCUAUCUCGGAGUGGUGUAGCUAUAAAGGGUAAGAAAGCAGUCGUGGUAGGCCGAAGUAACAUUGUUGGGCUGCCAGUUUCCUUGCUGCUGCUGAAAGAAGAUGCAACCGUUACCAUUGUCCAUUCACAUUCUCAUGAUCCUGAAAGUACCAUUCGUGAAGCAGACAUCAUUAUUGCAGCAGCAGGACAGGCAAUGAUGAUCAAGGGCAGUUGGAUCAAGCCCGGUGCAGCAGUUAUUGAUGUUGGCACCAAUGCUAUUGAUGACAAAAGUAAGAAGUCUGGUUAUAGGCUGGUUGGAGAUGUCGAUUUCCAUGAAGCAUGCAAGGUAGCUGGAUGUAUAACUCCUGUUCCUGGCGGUGUGGGCCCAAUGACUGUUGCCAUGCUACUCAAGAAUACUUUGGAAGGUGCUAAGCGUGCGCUUGAAUCUUAGAGCCGGCCAAUGACUUUGAUUCCCUUCACUGUGAGAUUUUGGGUAUGAGAUGCAGUUUCUAAAGACAUUUUACGCAUCAUCCAAUGGAUAUAUGUUCUCCUCGUUACAACCAUAAUGUUACAUUUACAUUCUGUUUUCAUGAAUUUCAACAACAAUGGCAAUGUGAUGGUUUGGUUUUGACUGAUUA